AUGGAACUCAAUUUUGUAACAACAUUAAUAAAACACGAUGUGAACCAUAAUGUGAAACAGUGCUUCAAAUCGAAAAAGCCUUUUAUUAGUAGAAAAGAAGAAGUAAUGGCGAUUAAAAGUAAAUUCCCCACUAAGAUACCGUUAAUUGUUGAGAGAUAUCAUAAAGAACGAAAUUUACCAACGCUGGACAAAACGAAAUUUCUUGUGCCAGAAGAUAUUACAAUGUCACAAUUCCUCGUAAUUAUAAGAAACAGGAUAAAGAUAAAGCCAAAUCAGGCACUCUACUUGAUAAUCAAUAACAGAUCUAUGCUAAGCAUGAGUUUGACUAUGGCACAAGCAUACGAACACUACGGAGACGAAGACGGUUUUCUUUACAUCACAUACGCUUCCCAAGAAGUCUUUGGAUAUCAAGAUGAUAUGACGGGUCCAAGCCAGGAAGUUCAAGCGAUCAGACAUCGCUUUCCAAAUAAAAUACCGUUGUAUGUGGAGCGCUACGCACGAGAAAAAGAGGUGCCAGCUUUGGGUAGAACCAAAUUUCUCGUACCACAAGAGCUGACAAUGUCCCAGUUCCUUUACAUAAUAAGAACAAAAAUGAAAUUAAGGGAAUCUCAGGCAUUGUAUUUGCUGGUGAACGACAAAGUACUAGUGAGUCACAGCAUGACAAUGGCGCAGGCCUACGAACAGUUCCGCGGCGACGAUGGCUUUCUUCACAUCACAUACGCAGCGCAGCAAGUAUUUGGAUAA